AGGAAAAACAAAAGUUUCUCUCUUCAGAGGUCUCUCCAGCAGCAGCACACGGGAUUUAUCGCUUCUCCUUUAACUCACUUCGCGUGUUUGCGGCUGGAAACUCUCCCGAACGCAAGUACCUGCUCUUCUCCUCCCUCACCGGGGAAAUGGGGCGAUUUGGUGGCAGAAAUUCCGAGGAAAAUACACUUUUGUUAGUCCAAAGAAACACAAAUCGAGCACACCGAAGAGCUCCCCGGCCGUGCAGUGGGGCGGGCUCUGCAACGCACCAAUCACGGCGCGGCUCCUCUCUAAAAAUACGAGCAUCUGACCCGCGCCAGCCCAAUUGUGUUCGCCUGCUCCGCAGAGGACGCUGCUACCAUGUCCGAGACCGCUCCCGCCGCCGCCCCUGAUGCGCCCGCGCCCGGCGCCAAGGCAGCCGCCAAGAAGCCGAAGAAGGCGGCGGGCGGCUCCAAAGCCCGCAAGCCUGCGGGCCCCAGCGUCACCGAGCUGAUCACCAAGGCCGUGUCCGCCUCCAAGGAGCGCAAGGGGCUCUCCCUCGCCGCGCUCAAGAAGGCGCUGGCCGCCGGCGGUUACGAUGUGGAGAAGAACAACAGCCGCAUCAAGCUGGGGCUCAAGAGUCUCGUCAGCAAGGGCACCCUGGUGCAGACCAAGGGCACUGGCGCCUCUGGUUCAUUCCGCCUCAAUAAGAAACCUGGAGAAGUGAAGGAAAAAGCUCCUAAGAAGCGUACGGCCGCGGCCAAGCCUAAGAAGCCGGCGGCCAAGAAGCCUGCCAGCGCCGCCAAGAAGCCCAAGAAAGCUGCAGCUGUGAAGAAGAGCCCCAAGAAGGCCAAGAAGCCGGCGGCUGCUGCAGCUAAGAAAGCGGUCAAGAGCCCCAAGAAAGCGGCUAAGGCAGGUCGGCCCAAGAAAGCAGCAAAGAGCCCGGCCAAGGCAAAAGCGGUGAAGCCCAAAGCAGCCAAGCCAAAGGCGGCUAAGCCCAAAGCAGCCAAGGCAAAGAAAGCAGCAGCCAAAAAGAAGUAAAUUAUCCCAGAAGAGUCCUGCUCUACGUACCCAUUUUGUUAUCCAACGGCUCUUUUAAGAGCCACCCACACUUUUCCCUAAAGGAGCUGAGACACUGACGUCGUCAGUAACCUGCAGCAAAGAUCCAGUAAUUCGUAAGUCGUCAGAGGUCCAUUGUAUCUUUUUUCUUUUUCCUCGCUACAGUUACCGAAAGAAAAGCUAACGAGCCCGGUAUAACGCGGCGGCUUUAGGGAAGUGUAGACUUUGACGUGUUUGGUUAUUUUUCUGACGAGUAAUCGGUUUGAUUACCAGGAAGCAAUGUUUUAUAAUAGCGAUUUGAUAAAAAAAAGAGGGGUGUAUGGUGGGGUUUUUGUAAGGAUGUAUUUUUUAACAAAAGUAAUGCAAGGCACGCUACUACUGAGCCAUGUCUAAUCUGUUGUAUUGUUUCUCCUAAGGUGUAUCUUUAAAUAGACUUAUCCAUGUGGGGGAGAAGGGGAUGGGUUUCCUUAAUGACGCGAAAAUAGCCAGCGGCUCUUUUAUUCUCGAUCAGAAAGAAAAAAGAGCUUUAAGUAUUGAAAAAACCCGCCCUGCCCAAGGAUUGGCCAGAGGAGAGCCCGGCCUGCUCUCCUUCCCCCCUACACACCCCCCUUCCGCGAAGACGAUUACACCUCGUAUCUGCGGUGCUGUUUCAGCCUCUCGGAGACAGGAAGAAAACAGAAAGCAUGAAGGGGUGGGGGAGGGCCGGGAGCUGUCACCGAAAGAAUUCCCUUGUUUGCCUGGUUUCAGAACUGAACGGAAAAUACUUCAUCCCAGGAAGAACAC